GCAGAGCCGUGCAGAGCCGUGCUGUACGCUGUCGGUCACUGUGAUUCGGAGCCCGCGCGGUCGCUGGACCCAUCCAAGUGGCGCGAGCGGCUCUGGGCCCCUCGGGCCCCGCGGUCCAGAGGGCACCAUGGACGACAAGGAGUUAAUUGAAUACUUUAAGUCUCAGAUGAAAGAAGAUCCUGACAUGGCCUCAGCAGUAGCUGCCAUCCGGACUUUGCUGGAAUACUUGAGGAGAGAUAAAGGGGAGACACUCCAGGGCCUGAGAGCGAAUCUCACCAGUGCCAUAGAAACCCUGUGUGGCGUGGACUCUUCUGUGGCCGUGUCCUCGGGCGGGGAGCUCUUCCUGCGCUUCAUCAGCCUUACCUCCCUGGAAUACUCCGAUUACUCCAAAUGUAAAAAGAUCAUGAUUGAGCGGGGAGAGAUUUUUCUCAGGAGAACAUCACUGUCGAGAAAUAAAAUUGCAGAUCUGUGCCAUACUUUCAUCAAAGAUGGGGCGAGAAUAUUAACUCACGCCUACUCCAGAGUGGUCCUGAGAGUCUUGGAAGCAGCCGUGGCGGCCAAGAAGCGUUUCAGUGUGUACAUUACAGAGUCACAGCCUGAUUUAUCAGGUAAGAAAAUGGCCAAAGCCCUCUGCCACCUCAGUGUCCCCGUCACUGUCGUACUGGAUGCCGCUGUUGGCUACAUCAUGGAGAAAGUGGAUCUUGUCAUUGUUGGUGCUGAAGGAGUUGUUGAAAACGGAGGAAUCAUUAACAAGAUUGGAACCAACCAGAUGGCCGUGUGUGCCAAAGCACGGAACAAGCCUUUUUAUGUUGUUGCAGAAAGUUUCAAGUUUGUACGGCUCUUCCCACUAAACCAGCAAGAUGUCCCAGAUAAGUUUAAGUACAAGGCAGAUACUCUGAAGUCCACGCAGACUGGACAGGAUCUCAAAGAGGAGCACCCGUGGGUCGACUACACCUCCCCUUCCUUAAUCACACUGCUGUUUACAGACCUGGGGGUGCUGACGCCCUCAGCAGUCAGCGACGAACUCAUCAAGCUCUAUCUGUAACAGCCGGGCCCUUUCCUGCCGGCGAACAGCUGAUGCUGGGAGCAGCCUCUUGGCCCCUCAAUGAGCCAGGCCAAAACGGAAUUGUUUUUUAUGAAAUUUUAUCGACUAAGUACUUAAAAUCAUACGUCUUGGAGAAUUUUUAUUCAUUUCAGUCCCAUCUAAAAUAUGUUCAUGGUUCCCCUAGAACCCAACCUAAAUUGUGCUUAUGGUUUCCAGACACUUUCAUUCAUUUCCAGUUUCCAGAAAUACAAAUUAGAUUAUUGGCUACUUGACUGAUGAAAGAUGUGCCGCGUCCCCCUCCCUUCAUCUUCCCCACACUCCAGACUUAUCUGCCAGAAGCAUCAAUGAAAGCCAUGCAGGCCUAAGAGAGCAGGGGUCCUAACUGCGGCCAGGCGCCCCUCCGGCAACCAACAGCCGCCCAGGAUGCAGGCUACACGGUGCCUGCACGGUGUGAGAAAGGCAGGAAACACUUGCUGAAUCUGCAUCAGGCUUCCAGCAGUGAACAUGAGCUGAGGGCUGUCAUCUCCAAAAAAAGGAUCAAGCCAAACAGAGUGGAAACUAACAUGAGAACCCAAGACAGAAACAGCGUCUUUGGCAGGAGUAUCCUACAUGCCUCACCACUUACGAAGGUGCCUUCCAGAAUAUUUGCAAACUUUAAUUCUGUAUCUGGGAAAGAUGUGAAUUUAAACAUGUCUGGGUCCUGAACAGCUUUUUUAAAAUUGUUCUUGGGAACAAUUCAGCAUCUUUUCAAAUUGUAUGAAAGAUUUUGAUAUGGCGUUGCAUCGGUACCGCAAGCUGACCCCAGGCCCAAAUGUAUUGUCCAUCUUGGUAAAGACACUAUGCAGCCACCUUCACACACUUAAGGCACAGUUAGAAUGAAAUAUAGUUUAUUCAACAGAAGGCAUAAUAAUUUUCUUUUC